UUUUUUUUUUCCUUUUUCUUUCGGGUGAAACUAUACUCUAGAGUUUUUAAUUUUUGGACUAAAUACUCUAGAGUUUUGUUAGUAUAGUAUUCAACAAUUUGAUGUAAUGUUAUUUUUGUUGUUAUUAACAAAUUUAUCAUUUAGCCAUUUAUGAGUUAUUUAAUCAUUGUUCUAUUCGACGUAGUUAACUUAACUCUAUACGACCACGAAUGUAAUUGAUUCUAUUCUUUCUCAAUAAUAAUUAGGGUGUAUUUGGUAAGUUCAAUAACUUAACUUAUAGUUUAUUAGAUUGAAUUAUAAACUUGUUUUUCAAGAAGCGUACAAACUUAUAGUUUAUAGUUUUUUUACAUUUUAACCCAUUUUUAUCCUUAUUAUGUCAUUUUGUACUUACGACAAUUAAAUUUGUCAAAGACUUUAAUUUUAUUCAAUUAGUUUUUCAACUAUAAGUCAUCAGCUAUCAACUAUUUUUCAGCUAUCAACUAAUUUAUAACUUAUUUUUACCGUAUUUAGGGACAAAGAUAGUAGUUCUAAUUUAUUUUUUUUUGGUACAUAGAUAAAAUGACAAAACCAUCAUAAACCAACACACACAAGUGACGGAGCCGGUGUUCGAACUCCGGUCAUAACUUCCGAUCUAACAAUUUUGACAUAUUGUUUUUCAGUGCUAAAACUUGUGGGCAGUAAUUCUAAUUUCUAAACUAUAUAAAUAUAAUAACUAAACUUUAAAAUGUAUAAAGUCUAGGAACUUCAUUUUUAAAGUAUAUGAAAAUCCAUAAAAAAUAAAUAAAUAAUUAAAAAAGAGAAAAUAGUUAAAGAAAUAUGAAUUGAUGUGACAUUUUUAUUUUUUAUUUUUUUAUUCAUGUAUGUGUGUUAAAUCCUAUGCCAAGCAAGUGUAUGAUAUUGAUAUGAGAUGAUGAAUUUUAUACAGUAUUUAUCAUAUCUACAUAGUAGCCUAUGCACUAAAUUGAAAAUAUAUGAUUGUUUUAUUAAAUAAAUAAAAAAAAUUGUUUUAGUAACUAAAUUCGUUAUUUAUUCGAAAAUGGAAAAAAAAAAAAAAUUUGAAUGAAAAUUAUACCACAAAAAAUAAAGAAGUGUGUUAUCCAAAACAGAGACGAGAGAGUGAGAAAAGAAAGGAAAGGAAAAUGGCGCACCUAGCAUCAGCUUCUUCUUCUUCUGUUCAACUCUCAAAUCCAUUUCCACUUUCUUCAUCCAAACCUCUUCUCCGCAAGCCUUUCAUUCUCUUCACAACACGAGCAACCGAACCUCAAACACCACCCUCUGAUUCGGAUCAAUCCAAACCCGAAUCCACCGGAGAAGAUUUCGAAGACCGCCUUAACAAACUCCGCCGCCGUAGCAGUGGUGGCGCGCCGGGAAAAAAAGCGGAAAUCCGAAAGAGCCGAAAGUCAAAUAAGGCUGUGUCAGGAUCUGGAUCAGGAUCAGGAUCCAGCUUGUACCUUCCGCCGGUGCCACUGAAAGAAGCGGUUUCCGACGGGUUGAAGGUGGAAUUAGGGUUCAGCAAAUACAGCGAGAAAUUGAAUGGUAGAAUUGCGAUACUUGGAUGGGCGGCACUGUUGCUGGUGGAAUUGGCAACAGGGAAAGGAGUUAUCAAUUACCACACACCUGGCACUGUGAUUAUUCAGUUAUAUUUUGUGGCUGCUGUUACUGCUAUCUAUGUCAAGUUUCAGAAGGAGAAAAUCAGUGUUUGGCCUGAUUCUUCUUAAACCAACUAAUUUUGUAUAUUACUAUUGUUGAGCUUCAAUUUGUACAAUGAAAAAAAAAAAAAAUACCAAUGCUUCUAUUUGCUUUGAUAA